UGAGUUCCUGCUCACAAAGAUAUUUGAAUAUGUUCAUAUUUUUACAGUCAGAGUAGAAAGACUGAAGGGCUUUUGUGAGUUUGUUGGCCAGGAGUACCAUAACAUUUUAGGACACUGCUAUGUUCGCUGGAUGUCCCUGCUCCCUGCUCUAGAAAGAGUGCUGAAAAUGUAUGUGCCAUUGAAAUCCUUUUUUCUUUAUUUCUGAAGACAAAUGCCCUGUUGUCCUGCGAACAAUGUUCGAAGAUCCACUGACUGAACUUUGGCUGGACUUUGUCCAUGGAAACUUGACCGUAUUCAGUGACACGAUCAAGAUGCUUGGAGGCCAGGACCACUGUGCUGUGGAGUCAGCUGCAAUUCUGAGAAACGUUGAGGCAAAAUUGACUAAGUUGUUGGACUUCUGAGAGAGCUAGAGGAAAAUGGAGCCAUGUUUAAAGAUCUUUCUCAAAACAUCCCAAUCAUUCUUCACUAUGGCUGUGAACUACUUGCAGGCAUUGGGGAAAGCACACAGAUAAUCUAAAAUAUUUACAUUGUCUCCUUUUAAAAAGGCAACCUCAGCGUGAAGAGAUCCAGAAGGCAGCAGGCACACUGCAGGAAAAAAUGCCCCAAUGUGACCAUCAAUGAAGAUACAUUGUGUGACGAGGUUACUGGCCUGCAAGAGUUCCUAAAGGGGGGAUCGCUUGAAGAAUGGAACACCGCUCAGUCAGAGAUGGAGCACGGUGGUUACCCACUUCAAAGAGAACGACAUCCCACACACUAACCUAGCUAGAUUAGCAUCUGUUGUCAUGUGCUUACCUGGAGGUAAUGCACCAGUCGAGAGAGUUCUCCCAAAUGAAUGAUCUAUGGACAGCAGCAAGAAAUAGAUUCACUGUUCCUACCAUCAAGGCCACGUUUAUUGUGAAGACCAACUUUAACCUCCCCUGCCAGGAGUUCAUGGAGAAGCUGGCCAAACACACAGCAAUCCUGAAUAAGAUACAUUCUUCUGAGAAAUAUACAGAUUAGAGUUUUUGUAAACAGAAGUUUGGCCAUGGAGAAGAUUAAAUGUUUUGGCUUCGAUAUGGAUUACACUCUAGCCGUGUACAAAUCUCCAGAGUAUGAGUCCCUGGGCUUUGAGCUGACCGUGGAGCGCCUGGUCCACAUCGGUUACCCCCAGGAGCUGCUCAGCUUCGUCUACGACCCUGCCUUCCCCACCAGAGGCCUGGUGUUUGACACCAUGUAUGGGAACCUGUUAAAGGUGGACGCCUACGGCAACAUCCUGGUCUGUGUCCACGGCUUCAAUUUCCUACGAGGACCUGAAAUACGGGAGCUAUACCCGAACAAGUUCAUCCAGCGUGACGAUACUGAACGUUUCUAUAUCCUCAACACUCUCUUCAACUUGCCAGAGACCUACCUCUUUGCCUGCCUCGUGGACUUCUUCUCAAACUGUGACAGAUAUGCAAGCUGUGAGACUGGCUUUAAAGAUGGCGACCUCUUCAUGUCCUUCAAGAGCAUGUUCCAGGACAUCCGUGACGCCGUCGACUGGGUCCACUUCAAGGGCACCCUGAAGGAAAAGACAGUAGAGAACCUUGAAAAGUACGUAGUGAGAGACGCUAAGCUGCCUCUCCUGCUGAGUAGAAUGAAUGAAGUAGCCAAGGUGUUCCUGGCCACCAACAGUGACUACAAAUACACACACAAGAUCAUGACAUACCUGUUUGACUUCCCCCACGGCCCAAAGCACGGGACAUCCCACCGGCCGUGGCAGUCCUACUUUGACCUGAUUCUGGUGGACGCCAGGAAGCCUCUGUUCUUUGGAGAGGGAACGGUGCUCAGACAAGUCGACACAACGACAGGGCGGCUGAAGAUCGGGACCUACACCGGACCCCUGCACCAUGGCAUCGUCUACUCUGGAGGUUCUUCUGACAUCGUGUGUGACCUGCUGGGGGCCAAGGGGAAGGACAUCGUCUACAUCGGAGACCACAUCUUCGGGGACAUCCUCAAGUCCAAGAAACGCCAGGGCUGGAGGACCUUCCUCGUCAUCCCCGAGCUGGCCCAGGAGUUGCAUGUCUGGACUGACAAGAGCUCGUUAUUUGAGGAAUUGCAGGGCCUGGACAUUUUCUUGGCAGAGCUCUACAAGCAUCUGGACAGCAGUAGUAAUGAGAGACCUGACAUCAGUGCUCUCCAGAGAAGGGUCAAGAAAGUGACCCAUGAUAUGGACAUGUGCUACGGCAUGAUGGGUAGUCUGUUCAGGUCUGGCUCCAGACAGACUCUGUUUGCCUCUCAGGUGAUGCGCUAUGCUGACCUGUACGCUGCCUCCUUCAUCAACCUCCUGUACUAUCCCUUCAGCUACCUCUUCAGAGCUGCUCACGUACUGAUGCCCCACGAGUCAACGGUGGAGCACGCGCACAUCGACACGGACACAGAGUCCCCCCUGGCCACGCGCAACCGCCACUGCACUGAGAGCAAGGACCUGGAGUGCUGUAGCAACAAGAACCGCAGCCAGCUGACCCGGUCCAUCAGUGAGAUCAAACCCCCCAACAUGUUCCCCCAGACCCCCCAGGAGAUCACCCACUGCCACGAUGAAGAUGACGAUGAGGAGGAGGAAGAGUAGAUGGGAGGAGGUGUGAUGGCGUGACCCUAACUAGGCUUGAUUCCUUCCUAGGAGGAGGAAGAGAGAGAGGAGUGAAAACCAUCUUGAUUCCUUUCUGAGGUUUCCCUGAGGAUGUUUUAGAGUAUAAAUACUUCUAGGAAGAUAUAAACUAUAAUGUACUCUAUAGUCCACAGUAAGAGUCAAUGUAGGAUACAUUGGAAUGAGGGGGGAGGGGAUAUGGACAUUGUGGUGUAUCUAUAGGAGAUUUAUAUAGAGAGAAAUGAAGUUACUUUUUAUACUAGAGAUGUAUCAGGAUAUUAAGCUUUUAUGAAUCCGAUCAGACAACGGUAUGUUACUACAGCACGUUGCCCCGUGCCCACCCCAUUUCAAGUUUUAUGUUUUCAAUGGUUGUUUUUUUUCUAUGGAUUUUUAUGAUGAAAUGGGAAAAGGUUGACUUGAAGUUGGCCAAUUUUUUAAAUUUUUAAAAAAAGUUGAUGAAGCUAAAACAGUUUUUACGGCAUAGGAUGUUGUAGCAGACAAAUAUACAUGAAUACACACAAGAAGCAAAUAUUACGAACACUACUUUUCUCUGUACUGACCUUACACAGUGUCUGGUCAUAGAGAAUAAUUCCCUGUGUGUGUUUACAUAGUCUACCAUAAUGCAGGCACCAUACCGUAGUUUCAAUGUGAAGCACUAAGACGGAAUAGCCUUUGCCAAACAGUAUGUACAGGACUGUAUAUGAACUCUAUGUACUGUUUUGCUGUUCUCCUUUUGAAAUGAAAGUGUUCUAGCCUUUUUGCUGUACUGAUGUUGCCGCGUAUCGAGCAGCACAGCAAUCCAAAAACAUGGUCCAAAAAAUGUAUUUCUCGCUGGUUGUUAUUUUGGUCAUUUUUUUUGCAGUAUAAUUCCUCCCGUCAUGACCCUGCAUAACACAGCUUGUGUGUGUGUGUGUGUGUGUGUGUGUGUGUGUGUCCGGCCUUGGCCAAUCAAAAGUCGAGUUUGUGUCGUCCUGAGCGACUGUAACCAAGGCAUUCAUAAUUGUACUAAAGAACAGUGUGGUGUAUGUUUUGGGUUACACAAAGCACAAGUCUGGUUGUGGGUAACUGAUUGUCAAUAUUAGCUCGAUAUGCCAUGAAACGUGCUGUCUAUUUAAAGUAUGGUGCACAUCAUGUAAUCUGUGAUUCUGUUCAUUUCAACUGACGUUUCGAGAUGCGUGAAAUGUUGUUUCUAGGCAACCGUGCGUACAGGGUAUCGAUUAUGCUGCCUCUGUACAGAUGGGGUCUAUGGCAACUGUGGACGGUCACAUAGGCCUAAUGCUAUUGAGAGGCUGUGACCCAGUAUUACUGUUCUCAUACAUGAUACUGUAAAAAGCAUUCAUCAUGCAAAAUACAAUUACAUUUUCUUUGUUCUCCUGUAGGAUGAUAUGAGAUAUCGAAACCUUCAACAUUGUUACACUAUGUGCAACUAACAUGCAGUAGUAGUUUUACCUUGUUUUUUUUUUUACUAAGCUUGGACUUGUUCGUUAAGGUGUUCUCUUGAAUAUUACAUUGUAACAGUUUUUAUUUUUCAUUGCAUAGAACUGACAUAUUCACCCCUACCUAACCAUACCCUCAUAUUCCACGUGUGAUAAUAUGGUCUGGUGGUUCCUAGUAAUUCUUUGCAGUUAACAUAGAGAGUACAGUAUGUUAUAGGAACAGACCUGGGUUCAAAUACUAUUUGAAAUGUUUCACAACUUUAGCCUGCUUGGAGCACCAGGUGGGCAGAGUUUAACAUUUGUGAACAUUUUUCUGGUUCCAUUGCUCCAGGCAAGCUCAGUCAAGCCCCAAUAAAGUAUAUGAAAUGAUUUUGAAUUGUAUUUGAACCCAGGUCUUCUCUACAGUAGGCCUUGAUAUUGAAAAAGGAAAUCCAGGUUAGCCUGGGGUGCUGUGACGUGUGGCACUGUGUAGGCCUUGAGAACGCACGGGCACCAGACAAGGAACCAACGCCUCGGCGAGAGGGCGUUUGGGUCUGACCACCCCCAGAGAGGUGAGGGUGGGCCUGGGAAAAGGACAAGGGGUGCCCUCCUGACUGGUGGGAAUAGGUUGUAGACUCACCCUAGCAGGCCUAUGAAGUGUGGAAGAUGAAUAAAGGACUAGCUACAGUAUUCAGGAGUUUUAUUGGUCAUUUAGGGGUAAGAAACACUGCAUGAUGCAAAGAAGCACCUGAUUUUUAUUUAAAGAGGCAAGUCAGUUAAGAACAAAUUCUUAUUUUCAAUGACUGCCUAGGAAGAGUGGGUUAACUGCCUUGUUCAGGGGCAGAACGACAGAUUUGUACCUUGUCAGCUCGGGGAUUCAAACUUACUAGGUUACUAGCCCAACGCUCUAGCCACUAGGCUACCCUGCGCACCAAUAUUUCCCACAAGGGUUGCAUUUGCUGUCUCCAAACAUGUUCAAACCUUUUCAUUUCAAAAUGGAAAUUGCAAUCGUUGAUUAGGCCCACAAUUCCACUGAAACGUUGAGAUACUUUAAAAAAAAUGUGACUGGAAAAUGUUACCGACUUGGUUAAUGUUGAACUUUCCUGUUUAGCAACGGAAAUGCUAAACAUUUUCAGUUGUGUCCUAAUGAACAUGACCCAGAUAGUAUGGAGUACGGUUCUUUAAAAAAAAAUUUUUUUUAUAGGUUAUCUGCAAUAUAUGUGUAUGCUAUGUAAAACAUGCGUAUCACUUUAUUUCUAAGGCAUGUAGUUGUGUAGCUAGAGGUUUCGAUUGGGCUGAUGAAGGGAAGACCAAUAGCGGGUCUGUUUGUAACUCGGUGUUUGCCGAGGCAAGUAGUAAAAAGGGGAAUGUAGGUUCAACUGGGGAUCUUUAAAACAGAUUCUACUCUUACUAAAAUUGUUACAGAGGAACUAUAUAGUGGUUCAAUAUUUUAUUACUCUCUGAAAAAAAAAAUAUUUUUAAGUAUUGAUUUAACUGGAAAUACCACAGAAACACCUGAGGCAGCUGUGUUCUUCACCUGGUUGGUUAGUCUUUUUUUUUUGGUCUCAUUUACUGACGAAUUCAUAAUAAAGCUUGGUCGUUGGGAGGAAAAUUUGAAGUCCUUUUCUGUCAUGUAUUUCUAUGCAAAGACGCAGGCCAGUGCAUUAUACGUGUAAAGUAACUUACUAAAAGGCUGGCCAGUGUAAGCAAAUAUCUUACGUCAAAGUUUGCUAACUGUAUGGCUAGAACUAGGUUAGGGCUACAACUGAUAUGUGGAAGAAAUGAAAACGUCCGUCUGUGAGAAAAAGCUCUGGACACACAAGUUCUACAAGGUCAUCUGUGUGGUAACAAUUGUACACUUAAUAAUAAUAAUAAUAAUAAUAUUAGCCUUGCAGACCGAUAUGCUGAAAAAUAGGCGAUGUUGAAGAGCAUGUAUUUACCGUGCAUCAGACAUGGCACCUUACUCAACAACACCUUGGUUUUGCUGUUUAUUUGUUUUUUCUAACCAGUGUUUUCAGAUUCUUAGUUUACAACGUUGUAUAUAAUAUAUGCAUUUCCAUUUACAUGUUGUUGAAGAAAUGUUCCUUAAAUUCUUUAUUUUUUUUCUUGUUUUUGGCAUUUUUCUGGUUUCAGACAUGUUUUUUGUUACUAUAACGGCUUCAGUGAGUAUGUCUGAGCGAGCUAAACAUGGCGAACAGGUUAAUGCCACCAUCCAUUUAUACAAUUUGUCCAUUUAUACAAAAUUUCAACAAUUGCAGACGGAGCGUGACAACUAUCACGCAUUCACUUAUUUUUUUGUUUCGUGCAUUUUCUUGGAUGUUCCUCAGAGCGUUUUGUUUCCAGACUUAUUAUAUAAUGUGUGCAUUGGGGAAAUGACAUUUAUAUGUACAAUAAAAGCUAAUCUUCCAUAAUAAGUCA